AAUUAAAAUUUCGAAUACCGAAGACGGUAAAGAAACGAAUAACAGAAACUGCGCAUGUGAUGUGCAGGGAGCAAGCAAGAGGGCGUGUGGGAACGGUAACGUUUCUUGAUUGGCCCUCGCGCGCAGCGGUGUAAUUAGAUCACAUCCUCAAUUUCCACCAAAAGAUUGUUAUCAGACUUCCCUAAAUUCAAAUCCAAUUACAAAAUAAAAGAAAAGAAGAAAAUUGGGGAUUUAGCUUUGAUUGAUCACGUUGAUUCUCACGAAGGUGAGAGGUAGAAGUUGAUAGUGCAGUGAUUCCCAAAAGAGUACAACAAUGUCCAUGGAUGAAGACCAUGUUGUUCAAGUGCCAGAAAGUCAGACGGAAGAAUCUUCUUUAGAUAAUGAGAAAAAGUUGUCUGACAUGCCCAAUGGGAAAAAAGGGAAUCUUGCUGAGGAAAAUGGGUUGCAUGAUGACACUUCACUGAAAGAGAAUACGUAUGAGCAGCUUGUACAAAUGGUUAUUGAACUAAAGCUUCAGAAUGAAUUCUUCAAGUCUCAGUUUGAGGAUUUGAAAAAUCUUCAAGUUGCAAAUGAUGAAUCGCAACAGAGAGUGGAAGCAAGUGAUCAUGAAUCUGGGGAAUCUUCUGAGGUGGAAGCACUGCAUAAGAGGAUUGAGUCUUUGAGCAGAGAACUUGAUGAAGAAAAACAAAUAAGUGGUGCAACAGAGGAGGCUUUGAGGCAUCUUCGUGAGGUGUACUCUGAAGCAGAUGCCAAAGCCCAAGAUCUCUCUGUAAAGCUUGCAGAAGCUCAACAGAAGUUAGAUCAAGAAAUAAAAGAGCGUGAAGAGAAGUACACUGAACUUGAUUCUAAAUUCCAAAGGCUUCACAAACGAGCAAAACAGCGUAUUCAGGAGGUUCAGAAGGAAAAAGAUGAUCUGGAAGCCCGGUUCCGCGAUGUAAAUGAAGCUGCUGAGCGAGCAUCAUCCCAGCAGUCAGCAUUGCAGCAGGAGCUGGAGCGGACAAGGCAACAAGCAAAUGAUGCAUUGAAAGCAAUGGAUGCAGAGAGGCAACAAUUAAGAAGUGCAAACAAUAAACUCCGUGAUAAUAUUGAGGAAUUGCGCCAUUCAUUUCAACCUAAAGAGAAUGCUCUUGAGACAUUACAGCAGACACUUCUGGAGAAAGAACAGAUGUUGGAAGACAUGAGAGGUUUACUACAAUCUGCAGAAGAGAAAAGGCAAGCCUCGAUAGCUGAGCUCUCUGCUAAACAUCAGAAGAGUAUGGAGAACUUGGAAAGUCAACUUGCUGAUGCUGUAGCUGAUAGGAGUAAGGCUACUGAAACUAUAUCAUCUCUUCAGGUGCUAAUUGCAGAGAAAGAGUCUAAAAUUGCAGAAAUGGAUGCUGCUUCAAGUGGUGAAGCAGCACGGCUUAAAGCUGCUUUGGAAAGUGUCAAAGGAGAGAUUGCUCAACUGAAAAAUAAGCAUGAAAAAGAAAAGGAAAGUUGGGAAACUGCCUCCCAGACACUCAAAAUGAAACUUGAAAUUGCUGAGAGCAACUGCAUACGCGCCGAAAUUGAAGCGGCUAAAAUGAGAAGUCAGCUGGAAUCGGAAGAGACUGUACAAAGCCAGAUGCUAAAUAAAAAAGAUGGUGAAUUGUUGGCUGCCAAAGAGGAGAUCAACCGCCUUGAGAAUGAGUUUUCCUCAUAUAAGGUCCGUGCUCAUGCACUUCUCCAGAAAAAGGAUGCAGAUCUAAUAGCAGCUCAGGACUCUGAACAACUCAAAGCUCUGGAGGAAGCACUACAAGAGGCUGAAAGAGAAGUAUCCUCAGUAUCUGCAGAAAGGGAUAAAGCUCUCCAGGAUCUUCAGGAUGCAUUGGCCGAUUGUGAUAAAGAAGUUGCAGAAAGAGAUGCAGCUAUUAUCGAGGCCAAGCAGCAGAUUAACAAUAUAGAAAAAAAAAUUGAUUCUGCAAAUGCUCGCCACCAAUUAGAGAAAGAAGCACUGGAAAUAAAUCUUCAAAAUUUGGAAGAAACCUGGCGAAUGAGAUAUGAGGCACUGAAGGCAGAAAAGGAAGCAUCUUCUGGGCAAGAAAUACAAAGAGAGUUAGAAGAGUUCAAACUACAGUAUAAAAAACUGAAGCAAGAGCAUGAUUACUUCCGUGAUCUAGCUGAUAGAAUGAUUGGAGAGAAGGACAAAGAAAUCUCUAAGCUAGUUGAUGAUAAUAAGAAUCUUCGUGACUCUUUGGAAUCAAGACAACAAGCUGAUCAAAAUGAAAAUAACAUUACAGCUUUGAAGAAACAGGAUGCACCAAAUUUAAGCACAUCUGCUGCAGAACAGCAGAUUCUGCUUCUGGCAAGGCAACAAGCUCAAAGAGAAGAAGAGUUGGCACAAUCACAGCGGCAUAUUUUGGCACUUCAAGAGGAAAUUGAGGAACUUGAACGGGAAAAUCGUCUGCAUACCCAACAGGAGGCUAUGCUGAAGACUGAGCUACGCAACAUGGAAAGAACUCAGAAAAGGGAAGGGGUAGAUCUUACAUAUCUGAAAAAUGUUAUCAUGAAGCUUCUUGAAACAGGUGAAGUGGAGGUGCUAUUGCCUGUCAUCGCAAUGCUUCUGCAAUUCAGUCCUGAAGAGGUAGUAAAAUGUCAACAAGCAUACCGAACAUCUAAGGAUGCUCCACCAAAUCCAGCAAGUGAUUCUUCUGGAACCGGGCUCUCUCUUUUCUCAAGAUUCUCAUUUUCAUGACACCUGAAAGGCCGCUAUAUAAUUCUUAUGCUGUGGAACUGCAACUGCUGAACAGCUAGCAAAUUUGAAGCAGAGAUGGUGCCAGUAUGUAUUCUUUUCUGUAACAACCAUUUUUUGUAAUCUUUUUUCAUGCAACUGUAUUGUAAAAAGAAAUCACAAGAAAUGAUAUAGAAAUGACUAUGGAGAGGAAGAACAUAUUGGCAGCUUUUAGCUUUACUUUUGUCAAUUCAUUGUAGAGCAAGUGAAAGAGAAAAGCUUGCUGGAUAUACUUAUAUUGCAUAAUUUAACUGAGAGGGUGCCUUCCUAUGUCUCCAAGUUUGGUGAUCUUGAAGGUGUGAGAUGAAUUUGAUA